AUGUUUUUCUCUUCCGAGCUUUUAGCGAAGCGCGAUAGUGGCUUUGGACUCCUCUGGUUGGCCGCGACGCUUGGGUCCAAGUCAACUUUCAAGAAGUUACCCAAACGCUCAGUGCUCUCUGCAGACAUCUCCCAGUUAUGCGACCUGAUUGCUGACCCUGAAGAGCCGCUGGCAUUGAGGCUCUCGAGCAAUUUGAUGAUUGGUGUCGCUCGGGUAUAUAAAGUGAAGCAAGAGAUUUUCUUCAGCGAUGUGACGAGUUGUGUCGCCUCCCUCAAGAAAGUCGUGCAAGAGAUGAAGACGGCCUCGGCACUGGAUCUACAAAUGGCUCAGCCCACUGCACGAUUGUCCGCCUUGAAUUUACCCAAAGAUUCCACUGCCGGCUUCCUGAUAGACUUUGACGCGUUGGUCCUUGAUUGGGACGAAUUCCUGAAUAUCUCAGGCAAGAACGAUGUGACUCUUCAAGAAGACGACGCCGAAGAUGAAUUUAAUCCCAACACGAAGUCGAAGAAACAAUCACGGAAAGCCAAGGCCUCCCAGCCUGUGGAAGAACAUCGAGGGCUAGACUUACAUACGCUACGGGAGGAUCAUGAACAUCUUCUUUCCAACUCUUUCGAGCUUUCGUUCAUCAGCAAUGCAGGCAAGGACCCAUCUUCAUCACAAGCAGGCGGUGGCUUUGCCAUGGACGACAUGUUUCUUUCUGCAUCAGACCAACUUGGCAUUGGUGAGGGCUUAGGCGAUGAUUUGAUGAAGGAGUUGGGUGAAGGGUGGGGCGCUUUUCCAGACCCCAUUAACGAUCCGCCCUUCGAUGGUCUCGCCAACCAGGACGGUUUUGGUGCCAUGGAUGUUGAUAUGAAUCAAGCUUUAGAUUUCGAGGCCGGAAACCAAAUGAGAAGCGAAUCGAUGCCGGCUACUACCCCUCGCAAGAGAAAGGCCAUUAAUGGUCCAGACAAAGAAAACAUUCCUCCGUCCAGUCUGCGCAAGCAAUUGUCCGCAUUGAGUCCAGCAACGUCCUUCUCACGUUUAUUCCUUUCGCAAGACGAAGCUCCUCUCUUCGAUGUUACGAACCAACCAACGAAUGCUACGAAACCUGUCGCCAAGAAGGCAAAAAGAACCCGAUUGCUUCUCGAUGCCCGAACGGAGCUCACAGAUGAGGAAUUGAAAACGGCACGUGCCGAAUACCUCAAAUCGCAAGCGAUCUUGAGACGUGGAAUUGAACAAAAGCGAGCAGAGAAAGAUGGCGGUUUGUUGCUUGAGAAGCUGGUGUGGGGUGCUCCGCGCGGAUUACAAGCGGAAACCCUGGUCGAGUUUUGGCAAGAGAACUUCAAGGUUCAGGUCGAGGCAAGAACUGGCAUAGUUUCCAUCCACGAAGAGGAAGAGCCUCCUUCCAAACGUCGCAAGAUCUGGGAUGCUGUGGAAGUAGAACCUCCUCAGCCCAACCCUUUUGAAGAAAACCAAAUGUUCGAAAUGCAAGACGGGAUUCCCAAUAUGGAAGACAAUCUGUAUGGGCAAGUGCGGGAACCGACUCCACAAAGACGUUCUUCAGAGGAACCAGGUCAAGCCCGUCACAAUUCCCGUCCAGCAUCCGUGCUCGAUGGCCGAUUUGAGAUUGAGCCACAAAUUCCUGCUUCUGGGUCACAACGCAGCUCUCUUUUCCCGUGGGACAAUGCAGGCGGUGUAUCGUCCAGUGCAGGAGGAGGGCCAAUGGCCAGUGAUCAAAUCAGCAUUGAUCGAGCAGACAUCAAAUUGAGAGGUGGCUCCUUCAGCCGUAGAGAGAGCUCGCUUGUACCAAGUCAAGCCGGGAGUGUCGAUGGCAUGCACAUUUCGAUCAAGGACUCUCAUACGGUCGGAGAAGAUUAUGCUUUUGACGUAGACGCCCAGAUGCAAGAAGAGGUCAAUCAAGAGUCGCAACGCUCGGAGAUGAACUUGAUCACGCUUGAAAGAAACUCGUAUAACUUCCUCGAAUAUGUGAAAAUGCAGUUACAAGGACUUCCGAACUCAAUGGCAGGGCUUAGCUUUGAUACGGUGGUCCCAAUGUCGACGAGCACUCGGCACGUUGCUGCAGCAGCCUUUUAUCAUUGUCUUGGUCUGACAGUUUUCCGUUCUUGCUACGAAGGAUCUGCUGAAGUGCUGGCCGCAAAGGCUGCUCUUGCGAGCAUCGAUCUCUCCGCUUAUGACCCCGAGCAAUCGAGACUCAUGGAUGAACGCUGCAUUCUUGUAGACGAGCAGGACAACGCUAUUGGCGCGAUGGACAAGAAAACUUGUCACCUCAUGGAGAACAUAAACAAAGGCCUGCUACAUCGAGCAUUCUCUGCCUUUGUCUUCCGUCCAUCGGACGGGAAGCUGCUUCUCCAGCAAAGGGCCUCUGAAAAGAUCACGUUUCCGGAUAUGUGGACCAACACCUGUUGCUCGCACCCCCUCGACGACUUUGAAGAAGAAAAAAUCGAACAGGCACAGCUCGGCGUUCGCUCUGCUGCCUCCCGCAAAUUGGAGCAUGAACUGGGCAUUCCUCGCAGCCAGACCCCCAUAGACAACUUCCAAUAUCUUACUCGCAUCCAUUACCUCGCUCCGUCAAACGGAAUACAAGCCCUCAACAAUCUUCUAGUCGACUAUAUUCUGUUCAUCACGGCCGAUGUUUCAGUGGCCCCCAACCUAAACGAAAUUCGGGACUACAAGUAUGUUGACAAAGCAGAACUCCAGGCCAUGUUUGAUAGCCCUGAAAAUUCAUUUACACCGUGGUUCAAGCUCAUUGCUCGUGACUUUCUGUUUGGCUGGUGGGACCUUCUGCUUGAGCGGAAAGAUGCCAACGGUCUAGUUUCCGCAAAAAGUCUGGCAGGCGUCGCAGACGGGAGCAAGGUCAUCAAGAUGGUAUGA